UGGCCUUCUGCAGCCCCUCUCCACCAGAGUAAAGUCUUCUCUCAGAAGCGGCUCGUGGGAGGGAAAAUAAACCAGAAGUUUAGAGAUACAGAGCACGGAAGGAAAAAGAAGAAAAGAAAGAACCAUCUUCCAGCUACAGUUUGCUCCAGGUUGUAUGAGGGUUUCAUACAAUCAUGGCAUCAGCAGCUGAACCAAAAAGGAUGGUGUCAUCUGUCUUUAUCACUCUGGCAGCUCCUCACCGAGCCACUGGGACGCAGCAGCCGCUUGCCCUCCAAGCUCACGCUGCCCCAGCUAGAGACAAGCAGGACACAUCUGCAAGAGUCAGCUCCAGUGACAAUGUAUCUGUCCUGAGACAUAAAGCAGAGAACCAUUCAUCUUCUGACUCCAACGGUUCUGUAAACAGCAAAGACUGGACUCAUGAAAGGGUUCAGAGUCCCAAACGUGCUCAGAUUGGAUCCUCCAAAGCACAACUGCAAGAAGAAGACCUGAAAAGGAGGAAAUCUCCAGAGUUCUUCCCUCCGCCGCCUGUUCUUGAUGCACUGCCUCCAUCUUUGGGAGAGUUGGUCUCUGAAGAAUCAACAAUCCUACCACCUUCUCCUCCAGCCUAUACAUUUCUCCCCCAACCUCUGACCCUGGACCAACAGCCGGUGUGGAACAGAAAGGUGGAAACAAGCACACCAUCUAGUGGGUUGAAGAAAGAUGAGCAAACUCUUGGGAUUGGAGAAAACAACCAGGACACAAGCAGAGAGAGCAAAGACUUGUGCGGCUUCUGUCGAAAACCCAUAGCUCCAUCUGAACCUGCAAUAGAGGCCCUCAACAGGAUUUACCACGAUGGUUGUUUCCAGUGUAGAUCUUGUCACAUUCCCCUGGCUGGUAAACAGUUUUACAACAAGGCGGCGGUCCCUCUCUGUCAAGAAUGCUACCAGGCCAGUUUGGAGCCUUGCUGGGCUUGUGGGGAGGUUAUCACAGAUUACAUAAUCCGUGCACUAGAGAGACCGUACCAUCCUUCUUGUUUCACCUGCGCCACAUGCAACCAGGAAAUUGGAAAGGAAACUUUCGCUCAGGGAGAAGUUGGAGAAAUUUACUGCCUUCAGGACUACUACAGAAAAUAUGCACCAAAGUGUAAUGCCUGUAACCAGCUAAUCAUUCCAAAAGAAGAUGGUACUGACAGCUAUACUGUUGAAUGUCUGGGACACUCGUACCAUGAGAAUUGCUUCAGAUGUGAGAUCUGUGUCAUCAAACUACCCCCUGAAAAUGGCUGCUUUCCUUUAGAUGGUAAAUUGCUUUGCAAAUGCUGCCACAUGGACCUGGUCUCUGGGCAGCACUAACGUCAGCUCCACAGUCUCUGACAAACUGAAAGCAAAGGAAACAAGCCCGUGCCUGUUCAACACAAUGAGAGACUGGGCACAUGCAUAUAAGACGAGCAUAUGAACGUUACACCACCUUCAGCUGAGCUAUUCUCCUAUUUUCCAAUUGUCUUAUUCUCAUUUUAUACUUGAUAAUUUUGCACUUAACAUUAAAAAAAAUGCACCAAACAUGUUUAUGCAAAAACAGUUAUAAGAAAUAGUGGCAUCUCAGUCAUCUGCAAGAAGUAAAUUUGAGAUAAGAGGACAGUUAUAAAAAAAAAAGCUUAAUAAUUUAUUAUAUCUCAAAGUAGACGCCAGCAUUAGCAGUAUGACAUUUAUAACAAUAUAACUGCAAAUAUACUUUUAUAUACAGUUUAUUUUAAGGAAAAUAAAAACAUACUCUUAUUUUAAAUUCACAUUUUCAAGUCAAGUUUGCUUUCAUGUAAUAGUUAAGACAGGAGUCUUAAUUUUGUUCCCUUUGUUUAAUGACAUAAUGAGAGAGGGAGUUGUUGAGAGAGGUGUUUAAUACUUUCUUUAGAAUCAGAACUGUACAUGCCUUAAAUGUUUGGGGUAGCCCACCACAAGUUUCUUCUUGUUAAAUCGUACAGAGAUUUUGUCCUAUUCACGCUCACAGAGUGAAUGGAGUUCAGUCAGGUUUGGGGACCUUCUUAUUCAGAUAUGCCUUUUCAUUGCGAAUACUGGAAUCUUGAGUGUUGCUUCAACAUAUCUUCAAAGAACCUUCUCUUCAUGAUGCCCACCAUUUGGUGAGGUGCAACACUUCGUCCUGCAACAAAGUCGCCCUGUAUCAUGAUGCUCUCGCCCCCAUGCCUCAUAACUGGAACAGUGUUCUGUGGUCUUCAGUCUUCCCCCUUUUUGCUCCAAACAUAACAAUGAUUAAUCAGGUCACUUUUAGUCUCAUCAGACAUUGAAGGUGUGACUUAAAAUGCAUCCAAAGCACCCGCCAUAUAACUCGAAUAAUCGCAGUUGACCUAUCAGAAGAGUAAUGCCAUUGUCUAGAAUUUUUCAAACCAUUUAAUACUCCAGUUAAUUUGAUGUGUGUAUAGUUCUGUAUUUGAAGAAAGUAUAUAAGAAAAAACUACCAAAUUCUUUCUGUAAUUCUUUUGAUAGUUCACAAAUACAAUGAAAGAAGAAUAGGAAAUGGAUGUCCUGACUGAACUAAAACAGGAAAUGUUUACUCGACAUUUCUGUCAGUCACAGAGGGGAAGAAAAUGUUUACGUGUCAUUUUCUAAACUGUGGAAACUUCUGGUUGCACUACAAUAAUAGGUGUUUUAUAAAACUAUGUAAAUGCUAAGACAAACAACAGAUUAAGUGAAAGAGAAACGGUAUUAAAUUCAGGCAGCAAAUGCAGCUCCCACUUUAUUUUCUGCAUUAAAACUUCACUAUUCAUUCCAAUUUGAUGUGGUAUUUAAAUCCAUUUGGAUCAUUUCAUUAUUUUAUUUAUAGUCUUUUUUCUCAAAUUGCUUGAUAUGUGUAUUAAAAACAUGCAUUAAAUUUUUUCUGAG